AGAAUAUUCCCGCCAAAAUUUUUUUGGGAAGUUUGGGAAUGUCAUUUGCCGGCAAUCAGCUCAAUCUUCCUGGUUCAUCGAAUUCAGCUGUUUCUGUAAAUCCUAGAAGAUUAGAGGACGUUAUGGGGGAGAAGCCCUUUAAGUGGACUUCCAUUACCUUUGGAUGCCAGGCAUUGGAUCAACUGCUAGACGGAGGACUUUCAUGCAAUGGAAUUACAGAGAUUUACGGGGAAUCCGGCACGGGAAAAUCUCAGAUUUGCAUGCAGCUUGCUGUUACAGCACAAUUGCCUCCGGAUCGAGGGGGUACCGGCAAGGGGGUUGUGUACUUUACGACUCGUGGUGGAAAUAUUCCCAGUGAUCGUCUCAUGAGCAUCAUCCGAACAUUUCAGGAUCGGUAUCCAAACUUGAGGAUAAACUACAUGGGUAACAUUUUUAUCCAGCGCAACAUGGAAGUUUGUGGGUUGCUUCACUGUGUCCAACAUAAAUUCCCCGAAUUCCUGCAGAAGCAACAAAUUGGACUUGUGAUUGUGGACUCAAUGGGAAUCUUCCGGCAUGAAGCGGAUAAAAUCCAACGUUCCAGGAAUAUGCGUUGCCUCGCUACGUGCCUCAACAGUCUGGCCAAGCAGCACAACUUUGCUGUUUUGUGCGUUAACGAAGCAACUUCAAUCCCAAAGCCGGGGGAGAGUGAAAUCAUCCCUAGUCUUGGACUAUCGUGGUCGAAUCUCGUGAGUACAAGAUUGAAGCUUUCCCGGACGGACAGAACAACAAGCAGUGGCGAUGUGGUCAGGAUGAUGUCCUACAUGCAUUCCCCACAAGUUGCCAUAGAAUCUGCGGAAUUUAUCAUUACAGGAGGGGGUGUUUGUGAUCUCUAGGAAGCUCUCAAAUCGCUUCUAGUAAUUGUACAAAAAAUUUAAUUAAUUUUCCUGACUUCUGCAGCUUCCUUCUUGUUCCAGAAGCUGCAAAAAAAAACGACUCAAAGGAAUUUCUUGUUUAAAAUCUUUAUUCAUAGAUAAAAUGAAUUUUUGUAUCAUACAAAAAAGAAAAGAUAAAACCCAAAA